AUGUCAGACUACGACGAAUUUCCAACCUUCACACCAGGCCCUCAAGAAAGGCAGAAGGCACAUGAGCUCGUCGAGAAUCUUCAUGCAUUAUUAGAGAAAAAAAUAACUCGAAACAAGUUCAAGGGACGAGGAAAACCAGCAAAGAGAACUGAUUACGCGAGUCCUAUUUCCGGGACUGUAAUAUCUUCUUGGAAAAUGAAUGAUUGGGAUUAUAAGAAGGGACUUGUGCCUACAAUGGCGAGAGGCUUAUAUACUAGAAAAAAUAAUGAUCAAUACGAAAUUGUUAUUCGAGGGUAUAACAAAUUCUUUAACAUUGGCGAAGUUGCGGCGACAAAGUGGGAAGAUCUUUAUCAAAGUACAGAAGGUCCAUAUGCAGUUACAGUUAAAGAAAAUGGAUGUAUUAUAUUUAUUGGUGGUCUUCCAAACGGAGAACUUAUUGUGACUAGCAAGCAUUCUAUUGGUGCUAGAGACGACGUGCCUGUUUCACAUGCACAAAAAGGUGAAGAAUGGGUUGAGAGACACUUGGCAGAUGCUGGUAAAACCAAAGAGGAUUUAGCAAAUUAUCUAUAUGAGCAUAAAUUAACAGCAAUAGGAGAGCUUUGUGAUGAUAGCUUUGAGGAACACGUACUUCCAUAUCCCGCCGACAAGAGUGGUUUAUAUCUUCAUGGGGUCAAUUAUAACACGGUAGACUUACAAACUUGGUCUAGUGAUAAAGUGACUGCCUUUGCAAAGUACUGGGGAUUUAUCCCGACAAAUUACUACAUAAAAGAGACAGCAGAAGAAGUGAAAAAAUUCACCGACUAUGUCAAAGAACAACGUAUAUUAGAUGGCCGACCCGUCGAGGGUUUCGUUGUUCGAUGUAAACGAGAAGGCCAAGACUACUUUUUCAAAGUCAAAUACGACGAACCGUAUCUGAUGUACCGAGAAUGGCGUGAACUCACCAAAGUUAUUCUCUCAAAGUCGAGGAAAAGCCCUCACCCUACUUACACGCUUAGUCGAUACUAUAUUGAGUGGGUGAAAGAGAAAUUAAAGACAGAUCCCGGAUUGUUCAAGGAUUAUAGUAAAGGACAUGGUAUAAUUAAAGUUAGGGAUAUGUUUUUGGAAGAAUGGAAAUCUUGUGACUCUGUAAAAACUCUAAAGAUUCCAAAAGAGGAACGUAAGAUGUUUAAGAAGACUCUCCUUGUGCCAGUUGCAACUAUUGGUUGUGGAAAAACUACUGUUGCUCUAAUAUUGUCAAAGCUUUUUAACUUUGGUCAUGUUCAAAAUGAUGAUAUUGGCGGAAAGAAUAUUCGAAAUAGGUUUCAUGAUGCAAUUAAGCGUGAAUUUGAAUCUCAUGACGUAGUCAUUGCUGACAGGAAUAAUCACAAUACUGAACUGCGACAGACACUGAUUGAAACAAUGAAAGCCGUAUUUCCAAAUGUUCGAGUGGUUGCACUUUAUUGGAAUCGCAGUGAACACAGUGAAAAAGAAAUUUUCGAGGCCACUUCCAAACGUGUAAUGUCUCGCGGAGAAGCACAUCAAUCGUUGACGCCAGAAAAUUCGGAUUUCGAGAGUAUCAUCUGGUCGUUCCUUAAACAAUUUGAGCCGCUGGACUCAAACAAUGGUGUAGAUCAUCUGUUUGAUCAGGUUAUCGAUUUAGAUCCGCUGAAUGAUAUUCACACAACUCUCGAGAUCAUUUUCAACGAAUUGUCAUCUAUCCUUGGAAUUGAAAUUCCAAAUGAACAAGAUGUUGAGGAGGCGAUAAAUUACGCACGAGAAUAUCGACCAACUGUCAAGAAAAUUGUUACACAGGGAAAAGGGAAAAAGAAAGCCAAAUUGAACUCCCAAAGAUUUGCAGAAGAUAGUUCAGUUACGCGUAAGCGAAACCCACCACUUUAUUAUGGAAUCGCAGUAGAACUGGAUGUUCAGGACUAUCUGAAAGAUGUUCUAGAACCUGAUAACACUCUUUUCGAAACUCUCGUAAGGAAUCAUCGAAUCCGUCCUAAACACCAUGUCACUUUAAUUCAUGCCGCGGAACUCCAUAAAAGUAGAUCGCGAGAACUUCAAGAAUUAUGGGAAAAAUACGAAAACAUUGUCGAUAACGACCAUAAAGGAUACAAAGUCAAAUUGUAUAUCGACAAGAUUGUUUACAAUUCGCAAAUAAUGGCGCUGGUGGUACGAGAAAUCGAUCCGCCCGAGAUAAUGAGCAUUAACAAGAUCCCCCACAUUACUGUUGGAACUAUCAACGAUGGAGUCAAAUCGGCUGAAGCAAAUCAAAUGUUAGAAUCUGCGCUGCUUGGAGUUAAUGGCAAGGGUAAAGGACAAUCAGAUGUUCAGAUUAUACAACUAGAAGAGGUUCAUGUCAGCGGAACUAUCAAAGGGUUUUAUUACUAA